AUGACGAAGAGAUCCAUCUUUGCUAAGUUAUCGGGGUUAUCUGGGAAUCCAAACUGGUCUUCCGUGGUUAUCGGGGUACUCUUCUCAAACAUUCAACUCAACGAAGUCCAGCUUCCAAUAGUGAUAGACCAAUUCUACUGUGACCAUACCACAUGUAAGAACCAAACAUCAGCUGUUGCGGUUGAAGGAGUGACUUAUGAGAAGAUAAAAGGAACUUAUACCGUGAAACCGGUUCAUUUCGCAUGCAGUGAUAACUUCCCUUGUGUAGAUGUGCAGUUAUCUGGAAUUGAGCUUAGGCCUGUUAAAGAACGGUAUCAUAUGUAUGAUCCUUUUUGUUGGCAGACGUUUGGUGAGCUCAAUAGUCCUACUCUUCCUCCUAUUGAUUGUUUGCAGAUUGGGAAGCCUGCUAGAAACAGAGUUCAGUCUGAUCAUGAUGUAUGUUGA